CCACUUGUCACUUUGUAAUGUAAACGGGGCGGGGCAAUAGAGUCAACAUAUUAUGAGUUUCAUUUCACUAGUAGCAAGUAGCUACUACUUUACUAGUAUUUCCGUAGUCGCUCCAACUCCAUAUUAAAGACCCCCACCAUAGUCAGGUGCAACUCGCCACUACUUUACACAAAUUACACAGAAACGAGAGAUAGUGAACUCUCUGUUUCUCUCUCUAUCCCAGCUUUCAAUCUCAUCCUUCUCUCUCUAGACUUCCACACACAGCAUGUGGUCUUCUUCAUCAGGCGCAAACAACAUAAGUAGCAGCACCAAAGCAAUCUCAACAUCACCACUCUCAGCGAAGUCGUCCUCCGCAUGGACCACCACCACCACAUCUUCUUCAUCAACCACUCCUUCACCUUCAUCUCAAAUAUUCCCCCCACCACCAUCCACCCCCACCACCACCAGAAAAAAGUCCAUGGAGGAGGUCUGGGAAGACAUCAAUACCCACUCCUCCCUCCACCACCAUCCCACCACCGCCUCCGCCGCCGCUUUCCAGGACUUCUUGACUCGCGCUUUCAACAAAGACCCACCAACCAUGGAUGACUACUUUCAUCAUCAGCCCUCCUCCGCCGGUGGCGGCGGCGCAAGGGGGCCGCCCCCUCGCCCGACCACCGUCUUGAGUUUGAAUUCAGGGCUUGACUACCCUAAAAACACCACUGCCGAUCAUUUGAGGUCAAACCCACAAGUAGUAAACCAUGGAAUCCCCUCCUUUUGGCCUCCCUUACAAUCUUUGGCCUCCUCAACUGCUGUGUUUUCUUCUUUAGCCAAUAAAAGGCCUCCACAAAAUGACCAUGAUUCCAGAGAUCUCAAAGUCAUGCGGUUGAUCAAGAACAGAGACUCGGCCGCCCGGUCUAGAGCUAGAAAGCAGGCUUACAUAAAUGAGUUGGAGGAAGAAGUUGCACACCUAGUGGGUGAAAAUGCCAAGCUCAGAAAACAACUGCUGAGGGAGAAUUUAUAUAAAAAGUCCUGUUUGGCAGCUCCUUCUCAGCUUCCCAAAAAGCAGUCUCUCUCUAGAUCCUUAACAGCUCCAUUUUAAGAAGGAAGAAUUUUGCCAGCUCUCUUUCUGUUUUUGCUCUAUUUUUUCCUUCCAUUUGUGUCCCUUGCUAGAGCCUACAAGGGUUGGAAAAGUCUCCAGAAAAAGAAAGGGUAAAAAGGCAUUUUUCUCUUUUUACUGCAGUAACAAUGACGUUGGUCAUUGGUAAAUAUAUUUGGUUGCCUUUUUGUAUCUGUCUUUUGUCCUUUUGCGUCAUUGUGCUUUUUCAGUGGCCAUGAGGCGGGUGGUCCACGGUGGGAGAAAUAUUUAAUUUUUUGUAAGUGUGUGAGGGCCCCACAUUUUGGCCUAUGUGAAGAUGCGUGGUACAGAACAGAUGGGACAUGUUUGGCUAUAAAUAUCAAUAUAUGACCACCUCUCUCACUCUCCUUAUUUAGUAUAUUUCUUGCUGUGACACUUUUUUUUAAAAUUAAAAU